GUAUUUUUAUAGGUAUCACUUAACAUAUGUGGAUAGAAUUAGAUUAAUUCAAAUAAAUUGUAGAUGAACAUGUGGAUGAUGAAUGAUAUUAAUUAAAAUUUAUAAUGGAAUUCGAAAAACAAUUAUACAGAAUUCAUGAAAGAAUACUAUCUGGAUUAGUAUUAAGAAAGAUUUUUAAGGCUGGCUCUUAUCUGUUUCCAAUAUUAACAAUUUUGGGACUGUUUUUAAUUUUGUUAUUAUAAUUUAGGGAAUAGUAUAUUGGCUUCUUGGACUAAGAAAAAUAGGGUAUUUAAUUACAUCAGAUUAUAGAAUAAUUCAAUAAUCAAACAAUAUACAUUUUCAAUAUAACAAAUGCCGAAUUAUAAGAAAAAAAUGAAUCCUUUCUCUCAAUGAAAUUUACAAUUAACAAAAGUUUUCUUUAUAUGAAAAAUGAAUUUCAACAGAAAUACAAUUUUUCAGUUGAAACACAUUUUAUUGAUGUGAAUUUUUACAUGAAAGGAUUUAAUUCUAUUUUGUGUUUAGCAACAAAUUUAGAAACAAUGUUUAUAAUAGAUUUUAUUGAUUUCUUUUAAGAGAAUGAUAUUCAACUAUUGAAUCAACAUACGAAUGAAACUUGGAGUUGGAAUGUAGAGCAAUUGAAAAGUUGAAUAUAUUGAUUUAUAUUUAGAAAGUAAUGUUGUUGCUUAUGAUUAAAGAAUUUAUGCAACAGUAUUAACAUUUAUAAAAUGUAUUUCUGGAAUAUUUCUUUAGUCAAUUUUGGCUUCAAUUUAUAUGAAAAUGUCGAUAAUUUGUACACCUAUUUUAAUUAUUUAUGUGGGUAUUUGUUUUAUAAUAAUGAUCAUAGUGAGUUGCAUGUAUAUCUGUUAGAAUGAAGAUAUAUAGGUAUAAGCAUUAAUUGGGGCAUUUCCUUGGGUAGGAUAAUAUUUAGAUAUUUUGAAUAGAAAUAAUAAAUUCAAAUAAGAGUUGCUUAAUUCUUUUAUUUAAAUGUUAAUUUUAUUUUACUUGCUUUAUUUUUUUUAAUUUAGUGGUUAUAGUGGUUCAAUAUAAUUAUUUGCUAAAAGUUACCCAAGAGGAUUGAGUGAAAAUUUUUUUUCGUAACAAUGAUAAAUUAAUUAGAUCAUUCCUUUUAAAUGAAUUUGUGAAUAUCAUAUUUUUAAGAACAAGAUCAUCCCUAUAUUUUGUUCCAAAAUAUAUAGGACUUACUUAUAUAAUAUUCAUAUAUUACUUUGAAACCACUACUUAUGGAUAUUACAAUUUAGCAUUUUAAAUUUGUAUUUGUUUAUAGUUUUCUAUAAUUUCUUAUUUUUUACUUUAUUUUGAAAUAGCGGCUCUAGACUGGUCAACAAUGUCUCCAUAUACACCUUCAUUUGAUCGUCCUAGGGUAUUCUAUAGCCCAAUAUUUAACAUGAACUGGAUUAAUGACAUCCCAAGUUUAUGGACUAUGUUUUACCCUCUUUGUGGAAGAAGGUUUUUAUUUAUUUUUAUAGUUUAGGUUUUUCUAAAUAUAGAAUUUAGCACUUGUAGAUAACAAUCUUAUAUUAUUAAAUAAUUUGUUAUAAUAACAAGAUAUUGACAAUGUUCCUGCUUAAGUUCCUAUUUUAUUAGUUUAAGAUCAUUUACCUUAAUAAUAAUAAAUUAAUCAACCAGAAAUUUAAAUUUAAGAUGUUUAAAUUAAUUAGUAGUUUGUAAUCAAUGUUGAUAAUAUACUUGGAAAUGAUUAACCAUUAUAAUAAAAUUAACUUUUGUGA